AUGGACGCCCUUGUCCUCACGCCCUCUACUAGGUCUGUGACCCUCACAUUCGUCCCUACACCAAAGCCAGGGCCGGGUGAGGUUCUGAUCAAGGUGCAUGCGAUCGCUCUUAACCCCAUCGAUAGCCUUUACGUUCUUGAUCCUGUCGCGGAGACAGAUCGUGUGAUUGGGACAGACUUCGCUGGGACCGUUGCGGAGCUCGGCGAAGGCGUGAGGAACCGGAAGGUCGGUGACCGCGUUGCAGGCUUUGUGCAAGGAGCGUGCUCGACCAAUGAUCGCCCUGGCUGCUUCGCCGAAUACGUUGUCUCGCCUUGGGACCUCCUGUGGGCCGUACCUGCUUCAAUGCAGCCGCGUGAAGCGGCCACUGUGAGCAUGUGUGGUCUCACCGCCGCCCAGGGAGCGUUCUACCGUCUCGGCGUCCCGCUCCCGCCCGACUUUCCUACCCCGGCCAUCAAGUCGGCUUCCCCGGCACCUCUCUCGGUCAAGAACGCCACUGUGCUGGUCUACGGUGGUUCUACCAGCCUUGGCAUGUUUGCGUUGCAGCUGCUUCGCCGCGCCCUGCCGCACGCCCAGAUUAUUGCCGUUGCAUCCGCGAAACACGCCCAGUUCCUAUCAGCGUCACCAUACACCGCCGACACUGUUGUGGACUACCGCAACGAUGCGUGGCCAGAUGAUGUCCGCGCCCUGGCCCCGCAAGGCGUCGACUACGCCCUCGACUGUAUAUCGGAAGGCGCGACUGUGGAGCGCGUCCACUCCACGCUCGCUGAGCAGGCACGCCUGGCCGUGUUCCGCAGCCCCAGCGGCGGCGGCUUCCCAGCUGACCUCCGCGUGUCGCCUAUAUACGGCGCGGUUUGGGAGGGCCUCGGCCACGACGUGGGAUACAACGGCGGCGUCCUUCCCGCCGACCCUGCAGCCCGUGCUUUUGCCGUGGCUUUCGACGCCUACCUGUCUCUGCACCCGCUCGAGCCCAACCCCACGCGCCUGCUGGACGGUGGACUGGCGCGUGUCACAGCGGAGGGCUUCGCGCUGCUCGGCGGGCCGAUGGUCACGCAGAGAUCUCAGCCCAUGGUGGACGGCGUCACACUUAAACAUUUGAGUGGAGAGAAAGCUGUUUACGAGAUCGUCAUUGAGCCGUAG